AUGGAAAAUAAUAAUUCCAAUAAUAAUAAUAAUAAUAAUUUAUCAACAUUAAGAAAAUCAAAUAUUAAUGGUGGUAAUUCAAAUAUAGUUCAAAGUUGUUUAUCAUUUUUACAUAGAAGUUUAUCAAUAAAGAAAUGGAUUGAAAAGAUAUUAGGAGAGAAAUUAAGUGAGGAUCAUCAUGAUGAUAAUGAUGGACUGUUAUUAUUUGGUAAAUUAAUGAACGGAGUUGUAUUAUGUAAAUUAAUGUCAUGUUUAAAGAGUAACUCAAUUCCAAAGAUACACACUGGUGAAAGUAUUUUAAAUUUUAAAAUUAGGGAAAAUCUUUGUUUCUACAUUCAAGCAUUGGAAGAUAUUGGUAUUAGUAGACAUUUUCAAUUCCAAGUACCAGAUUUACUAGAGAAAAAGAAUUUACUUAAAGUAUUGGAAUCAUUGGAAGUUUUAGCAGAUGAUUGUACAGACUUUGAAAAACCAAUAGAAUUAUCCGAUGAAGAAUCAUUAUUAAUUCAAUUCACUGAUAAACAAUUAUCAGACACUGAACAAAUCUUAAAGAAAUUAAAUGUAACUCAUAUAAAAAGACAAUCACUUAAAAAGUUAACUUCAAAUGAACCAAAAAGAUUCACAACUUCUGGUACAACUUUAUCACAUUCAACUGGUAGUAGAUUAACAUUUGGUGGUGGUAGUUCAAAUUCUUCAACUGGCAAUAGCAAUGGCAGUAGCAGUGGCGGUGGUAGUAGCUUAUCUCAUUCUGGUGGUGCUCCUCACUCAUCCUCAACUCCUUCUUCUUUAUCCUCGUCUAGUAAUGGUGGUAGUGGUCUAACACAAUCUGGUGGUGGUAGUAGAACAUUUCAAACUAGAAUUGUGUCAACACCAGCAAAUGUUAAACCAAAAGCACCAUUAUCAGUUGCACAAAUUUUGGAUAAAGCAAGACCAUUUGAAAAGAGAUGGAUAAAGAUUCAAGCAUUCUUUAGAGGACAUUUAGCAAGAAAAGCAUAUCAAAAACGUGUUAGAUUUGCAGCAUACAGACAUAACAUUGUCAAAGAGUUAUUAGCAACUGAACAAGUUUAUAUAGAUAGUUUAGAUCAUGUAGUGGCACAUUAUUUCAAUCCAAUGCGUGAGGAAUCCUCAAAAUUAAAUAUUAAACUGGAUCAUUUCGGUUUACUAAUUUCAAAUCUUGAAGUCAUUAUCAACUAUAAUAAAAAUCUAUUACAAAAUAUUAAACCAAAAGUUGAAAAUUGGUCACAUUCUCAAACAAUUGGUGAUAUUUUUGAACAAUUUACACUUUACUUAAAAGUUUAUACUCAAUAUGUUAAAGAGUAUAGUAUUUUCUUUGAAGCAAUUAAUAAUUUACGUAAAAGUAAUACUAAAUUCGAAUCAUUUAUAGUUGAAAAAGAAUAUAAUGAUAAUUAUAAAUCAAUUGGAACUUAUUUAAUUUUACCAAUUCAAAGAAUUCCAAGAUAUACUUUAUUAUUAACUGAAUUAUUAAAAAAUACAUGGAGUGAUCAUUUAGAUUAUAAUAAUUUACAAUUAUCAUUAAAAAAGAUGCAAGAGGUUGCAUUAUAUGUAAAUGAAAAAAAGAGAGAGGCAGAGAAUAUUGCAAAAGUAACAGAGAUUCAAAAUAAUUUCAUUGGUAAAUUUGAAAACCUUGCUGAACCACAUAGAAGAUUUGUAUUUGAAGGUCAUCUAAGUGUUAUUGGUCCAGGUGGUAAAGAAUCACAAAGAGUAGUUUAUUUAUUUAAUGACGUUUUAAUUAGUACAAAACCAAUUACAAGUGGUUUAGUAAAGAAAAAAGUCUCUUUAAAAGUUAAAGAGUCAAUUAGAAUGAAUUUGGUUACAAUAAAAUCAAAAUCAAAUAAUAAUAAUAAUAAUAAUAUAGAAAAUAGCGAAAAUAAUAAUAAUAAUAAUAGUAAUAAUAAUAUAGCGAAUAAUAAUACACCAACGAAAAUAUCAUCAACACCAAAAUCAUCAUCAGCAUCAUCUUUAUUAAGUAAUUCGACACCAUCUUCACCAUCACCAUCAACAACCAACACUACAACGAAUACACCACAACCAACACCAACACCAAUAUCAUUAUCAUCAUCAAUGCCAUCACAACCAACAAAACCAACAACAUUGAAACCAGUACCACCACCAAGAUCACAAGCAACUUUUAAUGUUACUUCACCAACACCAAAUCCAACAACAACAAAUCCAACAACAACAAAUCCAACAACAACAAAUCCAACAACAACAACAACAACAACAACAAAUAAACCAACAAUUGGUGUUAAAACAUCAUCAUCAUCAAUAACAAUAUCAAGUACAAAUAAAGAAGUUGUUGAAUCAACAAAACCAAGAUCAUCAACGACUGUUGUAAAUAAUAGUACAAAUAUUAAUAUUCAUAAUCAAAUUAGACAACCAACACCAAUUGCAUCAGUAACGGCAUCAAGUUCACAAGAGAGAUUAAUCAUUGAGGAGAAGAUGAAAAAACAAAAUCAAACCAUUGAAUUAAUUGAUACUUUUGGUACUUGUGUAUUAAAAUUAUUAUGUUCAUCAGUUAAAGAGAAAGAUCAAUGGGUAAGUGAAAUUAAAAAAGUUUAUGAAGAUUUAGAUAAUAAGAAAAUUAUAAAUGAUGAAGCAAUGAAAAGAUCACAAGAAAGAGCAGGUCUUGCUAAAGCUGCCUUAUCACAACAAUAUGCUACUUUACGUGUUAAAGGUAGAUUAUGUGAUUUAAAUACUUUAAAAACUAGUAUAAAUCAAGAAGAAGAUGGUAGUAAUAAUAGUAAUAGUAAUAAUAGUAGUAUUAAUAAUAGUCCAACAACAUCAUCACCAAUUGUAAAUAGUGUUAAUGGUAGUGGUAGUGGUAGUGGUGGUGGUGGCGGUAGUGAACAACAGGAUGGUUCUACAAGUAAUACAACAAAUACAAGUGGUGAAAGAGAAUUUAAUGUUUUAAGAAGACAAACUUUAUCAGCAAGAAGAUCUCAAAAUAAUGCAACACCACCCCCACCACAAUCACAAUCUACCACUACUGCCAAUACCAACACCACCACUACCAAUGAUAGUGCAAGUGAUCAUAGUGAUACUGAUGAAAAGAAAAAUGAAAAAUCACAUUCUAAAACUGGUACAGGUUGGUUCUCAUCUUUAAGAAAGAAAAAGAAACAUCCAAGUAUUCAAGACACUUUUGGUCUAGAUACUUCACCAAUUACACCUUCCGAUAUAAAAUCUUCUACCUCAACAACAACACCACCAACUUCAACUUCAACUUCAACUCCUCCACAAUCAAACACUGUAAUUUUAAAGCAAGAUAACUUGUAG